AAAGUUCUUAUUGGACGAUUAAUAAUCUUAUUCGCCGCGUACUUUAGAGCGUAUUCUUUCUGCUUCCAAGUACAGUUGAUGUGAAGCAUUAUAAUCUGUUACUCCGUCUGUGAUAAGCAUACAAGUAACCAGCUAUCAUACUCAUGUCUCGUAAAUUCAAAUUCUAUAUCAACCGUAAGUUUCUAGACUAGCGAUGGAUACCAAUUGUAUGACUGUUAGUCGCUUCAUCAUUGAGCGCCAACGGGAGGUUCCAGGAGCUACAGGAGAGUUCACAAUCCUCCUCAGUUCCCUUCUAACGUCUUUUAAGUCAAUCUCGAGUGCAGUAAACAGAGCGGGCAUUCAUCAGAUUUACGGUCUGGCAGGUGACACAAACAUUACCGGAGAUGACCAGAAGAAGCUGGACGUACUGUCUAAUGAAACUAUGAUUAACAUGCUGGGUGCUUCGUACACUGUUUGUGGAAUGGUUUCAGAGGAGAAUAAGAACGUGAUCAGAGUUCCACCCGCCAAUGAGAAGCAGGGAAAAUAUAUUGUGUGCUUUGACCCGCUGGACGGAUCAAGUAACAUUGAAUGUCUCGCCUCUAUUGGCUCCAUAUUUGGAAUUUUGAAAAAGCCCGAUCCCUCCAAAGACUUCAAGGAGGCUGAUGUUUUCCAACCUGGUGACAACUUUGUUGCCGCGGGAUAUACUCUGUACGGCAGUGCAACUAUGCUAGUGCUGGCUCUCAAAGAUGCCGGAGUACACGGAUUCAUGUAUGAUCCGACUAUAGGUGAGUUCGUUCUGACAGACCCGGACAUGAAAAUUCAACCGAAGGGCAAAAUCUACAGUACUAACGAAGGAAACUACAAAUACCUCAGCACUGGAGUUCAGAAGUACAUAGACUCCAAGAAGUUUCCCGAGACCGGUGAGCCUUAUGCUGCGCGAUACAUUGGCUCAAUGGUAGCUGAUUUACACCGAACCAUUAAGUACGGAGGUAUCUUCAUGUACCCAAAGAAUACCAAGGCCCCAAAUGGCAAACUACGACUGCUCUACGAGUGCAAUCCCAUGGCAUUCGUAGCUGAGCAAGCGGGAGGUGCUGCUUCGGAAGGCAGUGGACGUAUCCUCGCAAUAAAGCCAAAAUCGAUUCAUGAAAGGGCGCCAAUUUUUAUUGGUUCUAAAGAGGAUGUGGCGGAAAUUGAGGACUUCAUUAAGAAGUUCGAUUCUUAGGAGGCACAAGCAAUCUUGAUCUUGAGUGUAGAUGACCAAUGUUGGCACCUUGGAAUGCUGUUUAAUGACUGGGGAAUGUAAUAUGUUAAAAGUGAUUUUUUGUGAAAGUGUUUCUCUACUUGGUGCUUGAUUUGUGAAUUUGUAGCCGGUGAAUUUUAGAAUGUUAAAUUUAUAUUUUACUCAUA